CUGAAACACUGAAAAAAGAGAUGGAUAUGAAAUUGGAGAAAUAGAGAAGGUGCCAAACCCCCAAAUCCAGCAAUCCACCACCCUCCAAUCCCUACCGCCAACUCAUUCAACACUGUCCGUCAAUUUCAUUACCUUCCCCACUCUCUGUGUCGCAUUACCAUUUCAAUUUUCAUCAAUCCAAAACUCUCUAAUUCGAAAUUGAAAUCGAAAUUGAAAUCAAAAAGUAAAAAAAAGGAAAGGAGAUUUUUUUUUCAGAAUUUCGAUAAUUAAUGCAGGGAAUUCGAGUUUUUCCGUUGCAUGCAGAGGCGGCGCUCCGGCGGUGAGGAUUCUCCGGCGGCUGCGGCGUCGAAAGUUGGUUUAAUUUUUGGUUAAUUGGAAUUAAAAAUAGGAGUAAAUGGGAGGGUGGCGGUGGCAGGGAGGCGGGAAGAAUAGCGAGGCGUGUGCGCUGUCGUCAACUUUUGCGUAUUUUUUGUCGUCGUUUGUGGUUUUGGGGGCGAUUGGGAGUUUGUAUGGGAGGUACAUGGUCACGCCUAACGUGCGCCAGGGGAUCGCGGCGAUUGGUUGUUUGGACGACAGCGAGGGCUCCUGGGCCCUAGGCGUCUUCUAUGGGGACUCCCCUUUCUCUCUCAGACCUAUUGAAUCUAUGAAUGUGUGGAAGGAUAAGAGUGCAGCAUGGCCUGUAGCCAACCCAGUGAUGACUUGUGCCUCUCUUACUGAUGCUGGAUUUCCCAGCAACUUCGUUGCCGACCCCUUUCUUUAUAUACAGGGUGAUGUCCUCUACCUCUUUUAUGAGACGAAAAAUUCAGUUACAUGGCAUGGAGAUAUUGGAGUUGCACAGAGUGUAGACAAGGGAGUGACAUGGCAGCCGUUGGGUAUCGCUCUAGAUGAAGAAUGGCACCUUUCUUAUCCUUAUGUCUUUGAUUACAGUGGAAACAUAUAUAUGGUUCCUGAGGGCAGUGGCAAUGGUGACGUCCGUCUGUAUCGUGCAACUAGCUUCCCGUUGAAAUGGACACUUGAGAAGAUAAUUUUGAAAAGACCACUUAUUGACUCCUCCAUCAUUGCACAUGAGGGUAAAUUGUGGCUUUUUGGCUCAGACAAUAGUUGGAUUGGCACAGAGCAAAACGGCCAGCUCGAGAUUUGGUAUAGUGACUCGCCUCUUGGCCCUUGGAAGCCUCAUAAAAAGAAUCCCAUAUACAACACAUACAAGACUAUGGGAGCUCGGAAUGGAGGCAGGCCUUUUGUGUAUAACGGAGAUCUAUAUCGUGUUGGUCAAGACUGUGGCGAGACGUACGGUCGCAAAACUCGUCUGUUCAAAAUCGAAGCUUUGACCACUGAUGAAUUUAAAGAGGUGAAUGUUCCCUUCAGUCUUGAAGAUUCAAAUAAGGGAGUAAAUUCUUGGAACGGUGCGCGCAGCCAUCACCUAGAUGUGCAGCAGCUGAGUUCGGGUGAAUGGAUUGCUGUCGUUGAUGGGGACCGAGUCCCUUCAGGAGAUUCCAUUCAUCGUUUUAUUCUGGGAUCGGCCUCAGUUGUUUCAGUUGCUGCAUUGAUUGUACUCGUCGGUAUCCUAGUUGGGGCCGUGAGGGGUAUUGUACCGUUGAGUUGGUGUCCUCACAACAUGGGGAAGAGGAGCGACACAGUCGCUGUCUUGGCUUGGGAGAGGCCAAACUUAUCUUCAAAGGUCAGACUUUUUUGCAGUCGUUUGAACAGAGCAAGCUCGACUCUUCGUACCAGAACAAGGUCAAACACCUGCCUUGCUACGUUUGUCCUCGCUUUGAUGAUCAUGGUGGCCGUGACACUGACGUGCACUGCAGUGAAAUACAUAUAUGGAGGGAAUGGCGCGCAAGAAGCCUAUCCGAUUAACGAUCACUACUCUCAGUUCACUCUCCUAACAAUGACCUACGAUGCUCGACUAUGGAAUCUGAACAUGUACGUGAAGCACUACUCGAGAUGCUCCUCGGUGAGGGAGAUCGUCGUGGUGUGGAACAAAGGAGAGCCUCCGCUGCCGAGUGAUUUUGACUCGGCGGUCCCGGUGAGGAUACGGGUGGAGAAGAAAAACUCGCUGAACAACCGGUUCAGGGUCGACCCGCUCAUCAAGACCCGAGCGGUCCUAGAGCUGGACGACGACAUCAUGAUGACAUGCAAUGAUGUGGAGCGCGGAUUUCGGGUUUGGCGCGAGCGUCCGGACCGGAUCGUCGGUUUCUACCCCCGCCUCGCCAAUGGUGCCCCGUUGAAGUACAGAGCCGAGAAGCACGCACGCAAGCACAACGGGUACAACAUCAUCUUGACGGGGGCCGCCUUCUUCGACAGCCAGGUAGCGUUUGAGAGGUAUUGGAGCGAGCGAGCCGCUCCGGGUAGGGCGUUGGUCGAUAAGUUUUUCAACUGCGAGGAUGUCCUCAUGAACUAUUUGUAUGCGAACGCGAGCUCGGGGUCAACAUCGGUGGAGUACGUGAGGCCCGCAUGGGCGAUCGACACGUCGAAGUUUACGGGAGUGGCGAUCAGCAAGAACACUCAGGCUCACUAUGGGGUGAGAAGCAAGUGUUUGCAGAUGUUUGCUGAAAUGUAUGGGAGUUUAAGUGAUAGGAAGCUGGAGUUUGGUAGGAGAAGUGAUGGGUGGGAUGUAUAGUAAAUUUGAAUACUUUGAAAAUUGUAUUUUUAUUUUGCUAGUAUAUUUCUACCUCCUGCUGUGAAUUUUUUUUGCUUUGGAGGGACUUUUGCUAUGAACAGUUUUGAUCAGAUACGAACAGCUUUGAAAAUUGAUUUUUUUUCUAA